CUUAACGUAACAGCACAUUCGGCAGAGUGACUGUUUGUGAAAGAGGUUGAGAAAAUUGCUGUGGUGACAGAGGAAGUGAGAGCAAAAGUGAGAGAGAAAGAGCUAAGCAUGCAAAGGAAAGCUGGGGAGGAUCUACUCGUUCGUAACAAACCUAUAAACCUUAAAAGCAUGCUUUAACUUUGUAUGGAAGGAGGGCUGGAGGUGGAAGUCAUUUUUGGAGGUCAUGGCAAACACCAAUAUGUCUUCAAACUGUAUGAAUGACACCCAGUCUAACAUUGGCGAACCACAGACGUUUCUGUUUGGCACACUCAUGUCUGUUCUUGUUCUGAUCAUUGUCUUUGGCAAUGUGUUGGUGAUUACAGCCAUUGGCCGCUUCCAACGACUUCAGACCGUCACAAACUGUUUCAUCACGUCACUUGCGUGUGCAGACCUGGUCAUGGGAUUAGUGGUGGUGCCUUUAGGCGCCCUUAACAUCAACCUUGGCAUUUGGCACUUCGGCAGAUUCUGGUGUAAUUUCUGGACAGCCACUGAUGUUCUGUGUGUCACGGCCAGUAUCGAGACGCUCUGUGUCAUCGCUAUGGAUCGCUACCUUGCCAUAACAUCCCCCUUCCACUACCAGUCCUUACUGACGAAGAGAAGAGCUUGCAUCAUUGUGCUUCUGGUGUGGGUCAUUGCUGGGCUCAUUUCCUUCCUACCUAUCUAUAUGGGCUGGUGGAGUGAUAAAGCAGCAGAAUGCUGCUUACAGAAUGUUUACUGCUGUGACUUCAUCACCAAUCCUCCCUAUGCCCUCAUCUCAUCUAUAAUCUCUUUCUACAUCCCCCUGGUGAUCAUGAUUUUUGUCUACAGCCGCGUCUUCCAGGAGGCAAGGAAGCAGCUGAAGAAGAUAGACAAAAGUGAGGGACGAUUUCAUGCUCAAAACAAUGGCAAAAUACACGAGGUUGCAAGCAGCCACUGUGAGGCAAGGACCGCCAAGAAGCCCAAGUUCUGCCUGAAGGAACAUAAAGCUUUGAAGACUUUGGGCAUCAUCAUGGGUAUAUUUACGCUGUGUUGGCUCCCAUUCUUUGUACUACAUGUAGUCGUGAACAUCAAUAUAGGUUUAAAAAAAAUGGGCCAUAUUGACCUUAUAUACAAAAUCUUAAACUGGAUAGGUUACGCUAACUCAGCAUUUAACCCACUGAUCUACUGUAGAAGUCCAGAGUUUAGGUAUGCUUUCAAGGAGAUUCUAUGCCUUAACAGGUCACGUUACCCUAAUGUUAGGCCAGUCAAUGGAUAUAUAUACAGUGGACACAGCUGGCAAAGUGACCACCGAGGGCGAAGCAAAGGCAGCUCAGAGGACAGUGACCCAGCUGAGAAAGAGGGACGCAUGUCAGCAGAUAAAACAGACUCUAAUGGGAACUGCAGUAAAAACCUUAUGAGUGUGUUGUAAAUCACCUUGCGAGUUCUGGAUCGUUCUACUGUGACCUCUCAAUGUGUCACAUAAGGACUGGUUAACCCUCCUCUGGUAAGUGACCAAUAGUAAGUUUGUGUCGGACAAAGGGACAUUUUUAAACAUUUGUUUUUCUCAUCUACCUCAUAGCUUUCUCUUAGAUUCACUUGCUCUAUCAGCUCAUUUCACCACUCAAAUAGGUCUGUGCUAAAAAAAGUAGUUUCAGCUAAAGAAAAAUACAAACUAAAUGCUAAACAUGUUUAUCAUUUCAGUUUAUCAAUCAAUUUGUUUUUCUUUGAUAGCAUUGAAAAAGAACUUUGAAGUGGAUGUUCAGUAAAGGGAACUCCCUCCUGAGUCAUGUUUCUGUCGUCUUGCAUAAAGUGAGGAACUGAGUUUGAGUUUGAAAGAAUAUUUUCUUGCAUUAGAUCAACAGAUUAAAUCAGGUAUAGAGGUUUGAAGCAUUUUCACUCUAAUAUAGUUACAUUUGGAUGCAAAUAUUAAAUAAUUCAGACUACAACAAGCAUUACUUCAUAAGUGUCAGGUUCAUGUCUGUAAAAAAAAGUCAACACAUAAAAAUUCUUAACCUGGCACUGCUCUGUUCUAACUAGUCUAGAGUACAUCUAAAAAUGUCUAGGUUAAAAAUGACCCAACUGGUAACUCAGCACAUAAACAAAACCUCUUACCACAAUGAAAGAGGAAGAGAAAACGCAUGUUCAUACCAGCUUUUUUAAGGAAAUUGUUGAAUUAUAGUUCUGUCUUUUAGUCAUGUAACUGCUUAAGCAGUGUCUCCUUAGAUGAGCUAAUGCACAAUAUCGUAUUCUCACUGCAUAAACAAAUUCUCUAUCUCAUGCUUAAACUGUGUAUGAUAACAGAACUUCUCUGGUGGCCUGUUUUGAUCUGUGUUAUGUCAUUUCGCAUCCCUCAGCAGGCACAGUUCAGAAUGCUGCCAAAUCCAAAUUAUUCACCAUAGGAAUGUUCUUAACAUUUUCCAGUACAAAUGAGCACAGUCCGUCAAGCUUCUGUGUAAAUCCCUGAGAUUCAGUGUUUAUCAAAGUCAUUAUGUGACUCCCUCUCAAAAAAAAAAAAAAAAAAACAUUAUCUAGAAAGAUAAAUAAAUUAGGAGGCAUUGGGUUUCCUGUCAAACUCAGCUUAUGCAUGCAGUGCAAAGCACACAGCAAUGUUCCUGUUUCUCUCUCUCACUCACAUUUAAUCUAAAGUUCCAUGCAUAUCAAAACUGUCACUGUGGUAAACUGUUUCAAUACUUGUCAGUGUUUGUGAACUAUUAAUUUAGGGCAAGUGUCUCUCUGUUACUGUGCAGCUUGUUUAUGCGGUCGAGAAAUGUGAACUUUGCUCUUUAGGAUAUCUUUUCGUAUUUGUUGUGGCUUUUUGUGGUCUUGAUUGAUUUUAUGUGCAAAGCAAAAUGCUUUGAGGAUUUCAAACAUUUCUACACAUUAACUCAUCAUGGAUAAGCUGAUAAAAUAAUAUUGUUUCACUGAAGCAUUACAUCCAAGUGCAGUUUAAAACCAGCUUCUUAAAAGGGUGCGCUCUAAAUCUGUCCAAUAUUUUACAUUGUAAACAUAAGUCAAACAUUGUCAAUGUAUAUGUAAAUGUUAGAGAAAAAAACUAUGGGGAUUAAAAGAAUGCUCUGUUCACUGUAAACACUGGACUACCAAGCAACAGCGUGCAUGUCCUUUUUCAGUAAAUGAAAGUGAAUGUGACAGCUUGGACAGAUCUGUUAACACUGCACCCUUCUGGGAAGGAUUUUCUCUGCAUGUAGAUCACAGUAACCUCCCAUGUGAAACUCUGACCUGUACCACCUUGUGCUGAAUGAAAUAUUUGUGCAAUCUUUGCUUUGAUUGUGGCAAUGUGAUUUACUGUUGUGUUAGAAGUUUAUAUUAAUACUGCCUUCUCUGUGGACACGCUUAACCAGUUGAGUAAAGUGUUUACAUUUAUAAAUGUCUUUCAGUUAGACAUGGGUCACAAAUUAUUGGCGUGCAAAUUGCCAUGAAUUGCACUUUCAUCUUAGUAAUUAAGCAAUGCUCUGGAGUUAAUGUCAUGCUAUAGACAUCAUAUUGAUGUCACCUUCAGAAUUGAAUGUGCACUAAGUUUUUAUUUUUUUUUAUUUUAAGUUUAACAAAUACAUACAAAUUUGUAGAGUUGCAUCCCAAAAGACAUUCUAUUUUAUAUGAGGGAGGUCUACUUUCAAGGUGGCCACCACUCUGAAAUCACAUGACCAACCAAAUACUUCUUAUUUUAUCUUCUUAUUUGAUAAUUUUAGUAAAAUAAAUUAAUCAUGAAUAACACAUAUGGCUCUGUAAAGGCAAAUUAUGCAUAUUUAUGCUUUAGCAUAAUUCUGCAUUAGUGCAAAUAUGUGUUACAAAUAUCCAGUGUCAUACUGGCCAGUGAAAUAGAAACAAAAAAUUGCUUAGUGCACAUUAUAGUCCAUCAUCUGUGUCUGUACAGUUGGAAAAACAUUUCAUUUCAUAGUCACCCUUGGUCUUAAAAUGUUAUGCUUAACAGUUUGAAACAGACAUUUUGGAAAGCAUAAUUUGCCUUGGAGGAGAUUAAUUGUCACAUUUGUAAGUACAGACACAGUGUGGACAGCCUCUUACUGAUGCAUGAACAUGUGAUAAAAAUUCCUUGAAUAUUGCUUUAAUGAUAUAAAAGCAGAUUUCAAAUUCAUAAUGCAAAUGAACAUUUGGUAGGCAAAAGUUCAAAGAAAGCUUCCCACUCAACAACUUUUUUAGACGUGCUUAAUUCAUGGCAUGUGCACUGUAUAUAAUGUUGUUCCAGUUUGAUGUUUACCUACAUUUCCUUGAGCUACUUUCGCACAAGAUUUAUCACUGUAUUGUUGAACUACAGUGAAGUACGUUCAACUAUAUUUGUCUCUAUUAGUGGUAUUUAUGAAAUACAAGUGUCAUGUCAUUUGUAUUCUGUAAUAAAUGAUGUAUUUAAUGUA